AUUUAUGUUUACUAAACAUUACUUAUUAUUUAUUACGAACUUGGACGCCGUGUUGUUUGUAUAGCUAGUAUAGUAAAAUAAACUACAAUGUUUUCGACUAAAUGUAAAAGUUUCAACGAAAACAAAGUCGACCUAAAAGAAAAGACCCUUGGCCAGCUCCAAGAGUUACUGGAACGACAGAGUAAAAUCUUAAAAAACAUACGUUUUUUGGAUACGUUACCCGACAAAGGUGAGAAGGUGAAGAAUUUUUUAAACCUGGUAGAAAUCGAAAUAGAAAAACGUCGUGAACACGAUAAGCUAUGUGAAGAUUUGGCUGUGCUGAAUAUUGGUAAAGACCAGCUGGACACACUCGAAUGGUCUGGUAAACAUGCAACGUACGACCAACAAUCUAGCUGUGAGCAAAUUCUCGAAGACGACACAAAUGUUCUUAAGAUGAUCGCGUCACAUUCUGGAGUUAAUCAAGCCAAAAUAAUUAUCAAAGAAGAACAACCCGUAGGAGAACCAUUGAUAAAACCUUCAGAUUUAAUGGAAGUCGAAAGCUCUACGAAAGGAAAUCCAAACAAGGAAGAGUCUCAGGAAUUCAAGACGAUCGAACGGUUUGCUAAAAAUUUAUGCGGGCGCAUCGAUUUACAUUCACCAGGAAAAACGCGUUUUGUACCUAAUAAACCGAUAAAAAAACCAAUAGAUAACAAUAGAAAAAUUGCACCAAUAAGUCUUAGAGAAUCGGUCACAUUGCAGAUCGUUCAAGAAAAUAAAAUAAAGGAAAUAAAAUCGGAACAACCGGCGAGAAGAGUCGUAGCGCCCUACAAUUUCAACACGAGUAGUUGGCGCCAACCCAAAGCGGCAGACUUUGUUGAUGUUCUCGAAGAUGAUGAUGAUGAUGAUGACGAUGACAUUGCCGAUGCUGUUGAUAACGAAGACGAUAAUGAUUGAAUGCUUAACCAGCGUCAAUACGAUUCUUUCAUGUUGAACAUGCCUACAGUCAAGACUUAACUGAAUCAAAUGGUUUGGAUAAUACUACAUCUUCACAUCGUCUAUUUUUUUCCUAAUUGUAAAUUAUCAAUAGAUUUAAAUUUUUAUAUUUAUUUUAAUAAAACUUCAUAAUAUUAUACUUAAA